AUGGCUUCCAUCACUCCUCGCGCCUCCGGAUUCUGGGAGGACUCGCGCUCAAUGGCGUCCGGUUACUUUUCAGACGACGAUGACGGCGACGGCGACUCUGACCAGCAAAGCCGUCUGCUGGCUGGUGAUGACCGUGACUUCGACGACAGGACGCGCCUAGAUAAGACCAUAGAUCGUAUUGGGAUGGGAAGUUAUCAGUGGACUCUGCUGUCGCUUUGCGGUCUCGGUUGGAUGGCCGAUAAUAUGUGGAUUCAAGCAAUUGCAAUCAUCCUGCCUAGGGUUCAAAGACACUACUCUGUACCCGACUCAUACGUUGGCGCUCUCUCUUCCUCAAUGUUUGCUGGAAUGAUGUUCGGGGCCGUCGGUUGGGGUGCAUGCUCGGAUCUGAUGGGCCGCAGUGCAGCGUUCAAUGCAACGCUGUUCUUUACAGCCGUGUUCGGCCUACUGGCCUCCUUUUCGAGGUCAUUCCUGUCUCUGUGUGUGCUUCUCUUCCUUUUGGGAAGCUCUGUCGGUGGCUCAAUGCCUACCGAUGGCACACUCUUGCUUGAACAUAUGCCCAAAGGCAAACAAUACUUAGUUACUGCCCUAUCUGUGUUCUUCUCGUUUGGAGCAGUCCUCUCCGCUGUCGUUGCGCUCCUGGUAGUUCCUCAACACUCUUGCCUAUCCUCCGGUCCAUGCGACCCCGACGUUGACAACGUCGGCUGGCAAUAUCUUCUUACGGCACUUGGGACAAUAACGUUAUCGAUGUUCCUUGCGCGGAUGGUGUUCUUCAAACUUCACGAAUCCCCUCGCUUCUUGGUGCACGCGGGGCGUCCCCAGGAAGCCCUCGAAUCGCUACAGAUGAUAUCCCGCUUCAACGGCUCAGAUCUCACGUUGAUGUUAGACGACGUUGAUGACCAACGCCCUGAACGAACAUCUUCGCCGCAGCAAACAGCUGAUGAGCAAAGCAAACAAAUUCCACCUACAGCACCUCACGACUCUAGCUCAUCCCAAGUGCCUGUAGCGGAUUAUCAAGCCACUGGUGAAGCCACUGUCAAUCUUGAAUCACAUUCCCUCUUAUCCUCCGCAGACCCGCCCACUCCCAGCGAGCCUUCUCCGACAAUACAUUCGCCCCGACCGACUCGACCCUUUCAUGACACUGACAAGGAAUUGGGACUUCCACCCAGUAUAUCACCUCGUAGGGAGUCCCGCUUUACUUUCAAUGACCCUGCGCAAGCGGAAGCCACCGACCCUGUGCAUGACCCUCCGCCAGCACGUCCUCGUCCUGCUCAUAGACUAUCCCAGGCCUCUACGCGUACGCGCCGGCGGUCGUCGUAUUACGAUAACAACAAAUACUGUGGCAAAUUACCAAGGUGGUUCAGGAAGCCGCUCUUGGCGUGGUUAGACAGAGUCAGCAUGGUCCUAGCUCCAGAAUGGCUCAGAACUACUUUGUUAGUGUGGGCGGCCUGGUGUUCGAUGUCUCUCGCUUAUACCAUGUUUAAUGUGUUCCUCCCGAAGCUCCUUGAGUCGUCGGGGACCGCUGGCGCUGCCACGGGCGAGAAGACAUUGGAAGCAUCUCUGUGGGAUGUUGUUAUAUUUACCAUUGGGGGUUGUCCCGGUGCCAUACUAGGCGCCUAUAUGAUUGAGUCGCCGUUAGGUCGGAGGUGGUCACUUGCUUCAAGUACCUUUGUGACUGCCUUCUUCUGCGUCAUCUUCGUUGGAGUCGAGUCGCCGUGGGCUGUUCGAGCGAGCACGGUGGGCAUAAGCCUCAGUGCAACGGCCAUGUGGGCUGUGCUGUAUGGAUGGACGCCUGAAAUAUUCUCCACGAAAGUGCGUGGAACAGCCUGUGGAAUAGCGUCCGCCCUUUCGCGAAUAGGUGGCAUGAUUGCUCCCAUGCUUGGAGGCGUGCUCCUCAUGAUAGAUCGCUCAGUGCCCGUUUACACCAGCGUUGUUACAUUCGUCCUAGCGGGAUGUUGUGUCCUGUUUUUAAAAGGAGAUUCGCCAGAAGGAGCAAGUGGAGGGGUGCGAAGUAUCUUACACUGA